CAUAGGGACGGCCGCCGGCCCAGGUAGGGGGUCGCGCCCGGCUGUGCGUCUCCACCUCCGCGCCACCUCCUCGCGGCUGCUGCGAGGCCGGGCGGGCCAGCCAGCCGGGAAGAAGGCGUGGGCAUGGAGCCGGUGGCGGCCGCCGAACCCGGGACUCUCGCCGCUGCCUAGGGCGCCCGGGGGCUCGGUGGGGGCGCGCCCGCCGCUGCGGAUCCGGGACCCGUGGGGCCCGGCGCUGCGCGUAUGGCCCUGCUCCGGCGGCCCGCGCUCGCCCUCCUGCUCCUCCUCCUGGCGGCCGCUGUCAAGUGCCAGGAGCAGGCCCAGACCACCGACUGGAGGGCCACCCUGAAGACCAUCCGGAACGGAGUCCACAAGAUAGACACGUACCUGAACGCCGCCUUGGACCUCCUGGGAGGCGAGGACGGACUCUGCCAGUAUAAGUGCAACGACGGAUCUAAGCCUCUCCCACGUUAUGGUUUUAAACCCUCCCCACCAAAUGGAUGUGGCUCUCCCCUGUUUGGUGUUCAUCUUAACAUUGGCAUCCCUUCCCUAACAAAGUGCUGCAACCAACAUGACAGAUGCUAUGAGACCUGUGGUAAAAGCAAGAACGACUGUGAUGAGGAGUUUCAGCAUUGCCUCUCCAAGAUCUGCCGAGAUGUACAGAAAACACUAGGACUGACUCAGCACGUUCAGGCGUGUGAAACAACGGUGGAGCUCUUGUUUGACAGUGUUAUACAUUUAGGCUGUAAACCAUACCUGGACAGCCAACGAGCUGCAUGCUGGUGUCGCUAUGAAGAAAAGACUGAUCUUUAAAGAAGAUGCUAACAGCUGGUGACAGAUGAGGACAGAACAUAACCUUUGACAAAGAACUAAUGCUUGUACAGCAUAAUGUUGUCUUAUUUUUGUGAAAGGAUUAUUUUAAGACCUUACAAGACUUUAUAUUUUGAUGUUAAAACCUCAAAGUAAAAAGCAGAGUGGGAGAGACGGUGAGGCGAGCGUGCCUGCCUUGCUGGGAAUCCUCCUGCGCGGCACCGCCUCAGUGUGCCGGGUUAUCUUGACCAAAUCUCAAAAACAGGUGCUUGUUAAAGGGAGAAAUUUUGAAGAGAAGAAUAUGUAACUCAGUUUUCACAACCACAUUUACAGAAAAAGAGAUCAAAUAUAACAUUCAUUAGAAGGUCUGUUCAACAUUAUCUUAUUACGAAAUAUGGGAAAAUCUUCACUUAGAAGUAUUGUUUGUUUACUGUGAAAUUUUAAGUACACGUUUAUGCCUGGAAGGAUCUGACUUGAUUUUUUCUCACAUAAUAUGUUGUUUCUCUGUAGCCAGUUGAGCAUAUGAAUGUCACACUUCUAUUAGGAUUAGUUAUAAGGACAAGAUUUCCAUGUCUGUUUCGCUUGUAAAAUCGGAACCAUCAGCUGGCAACCUCUUAGGGAGUAAGCCCAGGAGAUCUAAGUAUUAUGUAAUAUGCCUAGAAGGCGAUGUGAACAAGAUUCAGAAGCACAGCCAAAUCCCAUUUUAUGAUCCACUCAUAUGACAAAUGUCAUCUUUUGUUACAAUCUUUGCCUAAAUUGGAGAAAACAAUAUCAUUAGACAAGUGAAAAGGUGUUUAACAUAACUGAUCAGAGCACUAUAUGCUGUUAUGCUUUGAUGUUUAAAUUCCCCAGCACUUGUUCCUCAUUGUACAGUCUAGGAUAUUUUUAAAGGACUGACCAUUUACCAAUUGUGGCCUUAAUAAAAAUUGUUCUUGGUAUAGUU